AUGGUCAAGAGUACGGAAGAGAUGGACCAGGAAUCGACUUCAAAUUCCAAGGGUAUCUCCCUCUCUCUACCCAAAUCGAGGCAAGAAUCCCGGUCUAGGUCUAACUCCCGGAAAUUGUCAGUGACUAGGCUGUUCUCCUUUGGAAACGAUACUAAUGGUGGAUCUGAUCAUCAAAUGAGUCCGGUUCCAAACUUUGAUGUUGUUGAACCCUCCGACACUGAUGAAGACCAUUCCAGCACACGAUUAUCCAAGCUGAAAGGAAUGUUCAAGUUUGCUUCUUCUGUGAGUUCAUCGCAAAUCAACUUAGCUAUCACUCCUGAGUUAGAACAGCCCAAUCCAUUCAAUAGCACCUCACUUACAACCAAACCCGAUUCAGAUAUCUGCACCAUUCAAGAACAGCCCAACGACGAACAUUCAGUGAUAGCCAAACCUACCUCUUCUCCAAUACAAUCAGCAUCUUCCUCUUUUGUCAAACGGAUCAAGACGAGACUGAGGUCACCAUCAAUGCCCAAUCCCAAUUCACAUUCCCAGUUGAAUCCAAAUUUCCAAAGUAAAAAAGCUGAAACAGAUAAUGUAGUUUCUUCCAAUCCAUACUUUCAACAUCAGGGACUACCACCUCACUCCAACAAGCUGAAACCAUUGUACGGUUUGGAAAAUGGGGACCUUAGCAUUAAGUUGAAGCACCAUCAAAGUGCUAACAAUUCCACGGUUUCCCUUUCCAAACCAAAUAGUUCCACGCCCAGCGGAAGAGAUUCGCAUCCUUCAAUUUCAAGCGCACGCAACAGUACUUCCAACCUAUUUGCCAUUCAGAAAAGACUCCGAAGAGUUGCAUCGGCUCCCCUGGGCCUCAAAGCUAUGGCACAAGAGGAGUACCAGCAUUCACAUUCACAGCAAAAUAACUUAGACAUAAAUUCAACAACGUUUCUCAAACCCAAACUGCCGAUUAACGAGCUAGAUACUCACAUUGGGGAGCUCAAGACGAGACCUAGAAACAGAUCAGUAGGGCGAACUUACUCUAGUAACGCUCGCAAAAUAUGUGAUGCUCAGGUUAAUGAAAAGUCCUUCGAAAAGAUCAAGCUUUUGGGUCGUGGUGAUGUGGGUAAAGUGUACUUGGUGAGGGAACAUGCUACUCAUAAAUUGUACGCAAUGAAAGUACUAAAGAAGAAGGAAAUGAUUCGGCGAAACAAAAUCAAUAGAGCUCUAGCUGAACAAGAGAUCCUAGCAACAAGCAAUCAUCCUUUCAUAGUAACCCUUUACCAUUCAUUUCAAUCUGAAGAAUACUUAUACCUAUGUACCGAGUAUUGUAUGGGUGGAGAAUUUUUCAGAGCGUUGAAAACAAGAAAGAUGAAAUGCAUAUCUGAAGAUGAUGCUCGCUUCUAUGCUGCGGAAGUGACGGCUGCUUUGGAGUAUCUACAUCUGAUGGGUUUCAUAUAUAGGGAUUUAAAACCGGAGAACAUUCUCUUGCAUCAAUCGGGUCACAUUAUGUUGUCAGACUUCGAUCUAUCCAAGCAGAUAUCAACAACCAAAGACCCAGUGAUUGUUGGAAACAGGAAUACGCCAACAUUGGAUACAAAGGCUUGUGUAGAUGGGUUUAGAACCAACUCCUUUGUUGGAACUGAAGAGUAUAUUGCACCUGAAGUUAUUCAUGGAAAUGGCCAUACCAGUGCCGUGGAUUGGUGGACUUUAGGCAUAUUCAUCUACGAAAUGCUAGUUGGAACUACACCUUUUAAGGGGAACACCAGAAAGAAAACAUUUUCCAAUAUCCUGAAAUAUGAACCGAGCUUCCCUGACAACCAUCCUGUAUCACACCAAUGCAAAUCCAUAAUCAAGAAAUUGUUGAUUAAGGAUGAAAAUUUGAGGCUUGGAUCUAAGAGUGGUGCUUCUGAAAUCAAAGCUCAUCCCUGGUUCAAAGCAACAAGAUGGGCGUUACUAAGAAACCAAAAGCCCCCCUUGAUUCCUGUUUUUUCCAAGAGUUCUUCUCCUUCAAAAGAAGAGAAGUCUGAAUUGCAACAAGAUGAAGAGGAAGACGAGGCCGGGAGUGGAGCAGGAGAUGAAAAAACUGAUCCUAAUGCCCCUGAUUUAUUUGAGCAUUUCAACUCCAUCACUCUGCACCAUGAAUAUCAGAAUGGUGAAGACGGGGCAGUUAUGUACGAUGUUGACGAAUUGGGGGAUAUCUCAUACGCUGCUACUGAAUCCUCUGGAUCACAUACAUCUUCAAAAUAUGGAGGCAUGAGCUUCCUGAAACGUUAG